AUGGAGGCCACUCUAAAAGUCAAGGCCAGUCUCGACAAACACAAGCAGAACGUACCAUACGGAUCUCUGCCGCCCAUAAUCCAAGACUCCAUCACCGCAGCGAGGGGCCUCGGGUUUGCGUACUUGUGGGUGGACAGCCUUUGCGUCAUACAGGACGACGCAGGCGACUGGGAAGCAGAGGCCUCUAAGAUGGGCACCAUCUACCCAAACGCCAGCUUGACCAUGUCCACCUUGACUAGCAAGGACUCAAGCGAGCGCCUCUUUAGCCCGUGGGCACACAGACAACUGAGCCCUGUGCUGUUCCUGGUAGCUGUGAGGGGCUGGGCGCUCCAGGAGCAGCUCCUCAGCCAGCGCGUCCUCUGGUUCGGACCAGGCUGCGUGUAUUGGGGGUGCCGCACCCUCUUCGCCACGGAGAAGGCGCCCAACAAAGAGUUUAUGGGGCGCGACAAGCCUGUCGAGAUCGAGUUUGCCCACAGCAAGAGAGUAACUUUGCCCCAGCCUCUAGGAUCCGAUGUGAUCCACACAAGGGAAGACCUAUACAAAGAGUGGGAAGACCUCGUGGCACAGUACACGCAGAGAACCCUUUUAUUCGAGUCCGACCGGAUCCCCGCCAUCUUCAGCUUGGCAAAGGCGAUCGAACCUCGCAUCGGACACGAGUUCAUCAUCGUAAACAAGACUGCCCAGCCCUCCUCGGCCUCCGGCUUUGCCGUCAUCGUCAUCGUAUUCUUCACACAGCAGCACUAG